UUCACAAGUCUGCCUUCUGAAUAUAACUGAAGUUAAGUAAAUGGUGUAAACUGCUAGUUCAUAUCCAUUACUGACUCGAACUUGGAGUAAUUGAUGUUCCUUUCCAUUUAUAAUUUCCCAGGUGAGAAGAAUUGAACAACACUUCCACUAUAGACAUUGAUGAACUCCAGUGGUCAAACCAUCAUCAACUCAAUAUUCUCCUCUUAUGCUCGAACCCAAAACCUUUCCUUCUCCAAAGAGCCAUGGAAAAGCAUCAGGGGCGUCCCAUUCGUCUCCUGUGUCGCGCACAACAUUUUGAUUGGUCUGGCAGCAGCGACACUGUUGUAACCAAAAUGCACACUCCAAACGGGGACACUCUGAUAUGCCUGAACUCUGAGCGCAGCCAAGAAGAAGCUCCUGUAGCCAUGCCGGAGGCACCAGAGGACAGCCCGUGUUGCUCUCCUGUUUCAGAGGAACAGAAACCCAUGGUGAAUAAUGAAUCAGGUGUACUAGACGGAAACACAAAAGAAUUAACUGCUCCUGGGGAAGACAGGGAGCCGUGCUCCUGCUCCUCUCCCUCGCUUUCUAACAGCCCCGCUCCCCCUUACUUCAAGCGCAACCCCUACCGUACCAAGACUAGCAUGCAGGGUGAUGUCUACAAUUUCCUAGAGAGACCAACAGGCCAGAAAUGCUUCCUCUAUCACUUCCUGGUGUUCCUCAUGGUCCUCAUAUGCCUGAUCUUCAGUGUGCUCUCCACUAUUGAGCAGUAUGCAGAAUUUGCCACUGGGACAUUGUUCUGGAUGGAAAUUGUGCUGGUGGUGUUUUUUGGUAUGGAGUAUGUUGUGCGUCUGUGGUCUGCAGGCUGCAGGAGCAAAUACGUGGGCAUCGCAGGCAGACUACGCUUUGCCCGAAAACCUAUUUCCAUCAUAGAUCUAAUAGUGGUGGUUGCCUCUGUUGUAGUACUUAGUGUGGGAUCAAAUGGACAGGUUUUCGCCACCUCUGCAAUAAGGGGAAUCCGCUUCCUACAGAUUUUGCGUAUGCUCCAUGUGGAUCGUCAGGGAGGCACGUGGAGGCUGUUGGGAUCUGUAGUCUUUAUUCAUCGACAGGAGCUGAUAACGACACUGUAUAUUGGAUUUCUGGGUCUAAUCUUCUCCUCGUAUUUUGUGUAUCUGGCGGAGAAAGACACGGUGGAUGAGGAGGGGAAGACGGGCUUCGCGAGUUAUGCUGAUGCACUCUGGUGGGGCGUUGUCACUGUGACCACUAUAGGCUAUGGAGACAAAGUUCCUCAGACCUGGAUGGGGAAGACCAUAGCCUCCUGUUUUAGUGUGUUUGCUAUCUCCUUCUUUGCUUUGCCAGCGGGAAUUCUGGGUUCAGGAUUUGCUUUGAAGGUCCAGCAGAAACAGAGGCAGAAGCAUUUCAAUCGCCAAAUCCCAGCUGCUGCUUCACUAAUACAGACGUUGUGGCGAUGUUACGCGUGUGAGAAGCCCAACGGCUGUCCGGCUACAUGGAAAAUAUACGUGCUGAUGGGAGACUACAUGCCAGUUAUAAACUUGGAGAACUCCAGUCCUGGAAACUUUAGAAAACUUAACAGACGAUACAGACGGAGGCUGAAGUCCACACGCGAUAACGGUUCUCUGGGAAAUUCGGGAGAAAAAGCUCUGGCCAUUCCUCACAUCACUUAUGAUCAUAUUGAUGACAAGGAGGAAAAGCGAGAGGUUCCUUUCUUCUUUGAGGAAUCCACAGGCAUCACCAAGAUGUUCGGACAGACAGAUAGCCAACAGUCAUGGCCUUCUUUCAAUCUUACAUGUCCUGCUUCUCCAGUUAAAAAAAAGCUUGAUGGACCUCCUGAUAUCUCACGCACCAGCAGCCUAGUGGAUGACAUGGACUUUGCCAGUGAAUAUAUCCCACUCCCCAUUGUGACGGAUGCUUCGCAACUCACCCGUGUACAUCGAUCUGCAAUCAAGGUCAUAAGGAGGAUGCAGUAUUUUGUAGCUAGACGGAAAUUUCAGCAAGCAAGGAAACCCUACGACGUGCGAGACGUGAUCGAGCAGUAUUCCCAGGGCCACCUGAACAUGAUGGUUCGCAUUAAAGAGCUCCAGAGACGGAUGGAUCACACGUUGGGAAAGCCAGGAAUGUUCCUGCCAGAGAAAGGUGUUGACAAAGAGUUCUACACUAUUGGAGCCAGGCUGAUCAGACUGGAAGAUAGGGUGCUUCGGAUGGACCACAGAUUGGAGAGUGUCCUGAAGAUCCUGGUGGAGCAGUUCCAACUCGAACCAGAGCUACUUCAGACACCGAGUUACUGCAGCUCCCGCUUGACGAAACGCCAGAGAAAGGACAGUGAGAGAAACUGAAAGCAGAUGAGGCCUUUUGUCCGUCUCGGAGACCCAGACACAACAGUGCACAGAGUCACACAAUCGCACAAUGGUUCAGCUACAAAGCCACACACAACUGAACAAUGUGGCCAUCUCUAAAGCAAGCGGAAGGGAGUGGGGGGGGGGGGGGGUUUAGGUCAUGCACCUGCACCCUAAGAGCCCUCAAAGGGUUGUUGCAGGUGUCGAGUUUUUAUUUAAUGCAAACCUACAGCUUUUAGUCUCUGCUGUUGGCUGAAGUGGGACAUUAUAUACUUCAUGCACGAUGAUUUCACAAAAUCAGUUAAAUAAAUCACCUUCUUUACAAUUCCAGUGGAAACGAUAUAUGAUCAUAAAUAAAUUGUGUUCUCAAUAACAAUCUAUUAAAAGCUCUCUGCUGGUUAUUAGUCGUUUUUUUGGCUGAAAUGAGACAAGUAUUAUAAGGAAAGCAGAGGGAAGCUUUACACUCCAUUCAGACUAAUUUCUCUUUCACACAUUCAUCAACUUUUUAUGGAAUUUCAAAACUGUACAGAAACGUUGUAAAUUGGCUCAGAAAUAAAAUCAUGGUUCAUGGUGAUCGUGUCUCGGUGUCUUUCCUACGCUAUUUCUCUGUAUUUACACCAACACUAUAUUUAAAAAAUUCCAAUUAUUUUCUAGAACAUUGGUUAAGAAAAUUAUUUGAUUCUAUUUGUAAAUGCUGAUUAUCUUAUAAUGUCUUAUAUAUUAUUUACUGCUAGUAUAUAAUCCUUUAUAUUGUCUUUUCAUUUUUGGAAUAAUUUUUCUUUAGCUUCCAAAAAAUCAAACAGAAAAAGUGAUAAUUAAAGCGUUAAGCAAAAAAACUACCGCUUGGCUUGGGGGUGUCACUGAAGGGGUUAAGUUUGUUUUUCUGCAGCUGAUAAAUGAAAGGAAGUCUGUAGAGGAAGGAAGCUAUAUGCUAAAGCCUCACACUCCUGCCUUACUGUAAAUGUUAGCGGUCUGUUUACAUCAGCGCUGGUUUACAGAAUCCAUGUAACCUGAUCUGAGUCUGAAGUGAGAAACACCUGGAUAGCUCUUUGGUGCAUGUAUACACACGCCAAGACCGUCAGUCAGUCACAUAGUAAAGUAUCAUAUAGUCUUCAUCAUCGUCAUCAUCAUCCACCCCCUCCUCCUCACCUCAGCCAGCUUUCCUUCUCUUCGUUUUGCCUUCAGUCCUGUGGGUAUCCAAAGCUGGAAAUAUCCUUCUAGCAUUUUUUUGUAGUACACUAAUGAAUGAGAGUCUGCCAAUCUAGCUUGAUUUUGCUGGAUGCGAAUCAAAUCACCUGAAGCACCACAAUAAAGACCUCGCCGUUUGGGAAACACAUCACCAUCGAAAAAAGGUGGAGGCUUUUCUGCUAAUAGUGUUAGAUAUCUCACUAUAGUUAGGGUUCGGUUGCAGCAAACAAUCUCCAAGAUCCUACAUUUUCUUCAGGCACAGAAGAGACUAUGGGAAUCAUCACCUCUGCUAAUGAAGUAUGUGGACACCAAAACGGCGCUCUUUUGUUUAUUAUAAAAAUCUAAAUGAAAUGAUUUUAGAGAGGAACUGCGUCCGUCAGCGGAGUCCGAAACGAAGGUUAGAAGUUUUCAGACCUAAAAGAUUUAAACUAAAGUUUCACCACAUGAAAAAAAAGCAAUUCAUAAUAAAUUCACCAAACCGUUAUAAUUUAAUUCUUUUAAUUGAUUUCAGCACAUUGUUUAACCACUCGUAUAAAAAAACUGCACAAACUGCAAAAUCCCCCCCCCCCAACAGGCUCAGUUUGCAACCUUACACAACAACUUGUUAAAACAUUAAAAAAUAAUAAUAAUAAUUCAAAUCCUAUUUUGGACUUUAGAU